CAGUGGAAGCGUGUUGAAAGAAAAUGGCUGGUGCAGGAGCAGAGUAUUUGGCUUCAAUUUUUGGUACAGAAAAAGACAAGGUAAAUUGCUCAUUCUACUUCAAGAUUGGAGCAUGUCGUCAUGGUGAUAGAUGUUCCCGAAUACAUAACAAACCAACAUUUAGUCAGACAGUACUUCUACAGAACUUAUAUCAGAGCCCUCAAAGUGCAGCCCAAGUAACAGAUGGCUCAGGAAGUGCAAUCUCUGAUGUGGAAGCCCAGGAACACUAUGACAGGUUUUUUGAGGAUGUUUUUCUUGAGCUGGAAAAGUAUGGUGAAAUUGAAGAAAUGAAUGUGUGUGACAACCUUGGUGACCAUCUUGUUGGCAAUGUUUAUAUUAAGUAUCGACGUGAAGAAGAUGCUGAGAAAGCCUGUAAGGUGUUGAACACCAGGUGGUAUGAUGGCCAGGCAAUAUAUGCCGAACUCUCGCCUGUUACUGACUUCAGGGAGGCAUGUUGCAGACAAUAUGAAAUGGGAGAGUGUACGCGUGGUGGAUUUUGUAAUUUUAUGCACAUGAGACCAAUAUCGCGCGAAUUAAGACGUGAGCUUUAUGGUCGUGUUCGAAGAAACAAAAGACCUGCCUAUCGUUCCCCAUCUCCUCCAUACAAGCGUCGUUCCAACUCUCGAUCACCCAGACGGCGAUCCAGAUCUCGCUCCCCGCGUCGCUAAAAAGCAUUGAAUUCAAGCUGUAUCCUGUGUGAUUAUGCUGGAAUCCUGAACAAACCACAACUGUAGAUUCGCAGCUGCAUGUAAAGACUGUCGAAUAAUGUCGUAGUUCUUGCAUCAUGAGAAUUUCCUUUUUACUUGCUGUAUCUUAUAAGCUUAUUUCUGUGGUUCAAGAGUUUGUCGCAGUGUAAUCUUACAAUAAUGUUUUA